UAACCAGUCAGUCGCGCACGGUCCUUGGUGGCGUACGGAGCUCCUUCGGCCGCAGCGCUUGUUCCACGACCCCCGUUGUUACGUCGUUACGGUACGUCGUACCCGAACCUACCCCUCUUUCGCCUCGUAGUCUUGGCGGCCCUCGUCGCCUUCGUCUCUCCUCUUCCCCUCGCUCUCCUUUCGUUUUUGCCCGCUAACACACAACUGAGCGAGCGAGAGAGACUCAAGGAAUAUUGCAUGUUUACGUGUCGCGUCGUGUAAAGAGGAAGGGGCACCCGCGCGCGCGAGAGUCAAUUCUCAUUCGCUUCGCAUUCGUGUGCAAUCGUUUAUACUGUGUGUCAAUGCGUAAUACAUCAAAGGAACAACAUAAUAUAUUGAGUUUUAGAAAUCACACGAGACAGAUCGAACAUACGUGUUUUACUCAGUGUCCUUCGUGAUUGUGCAAGUAACUAAGAGUGUUGGAAUAUUUGUCAAGUGUUGUUAAGUUGGUUAAAAGAAAAGAAAAAUAAAGAAUCGAUCGAAACGAAGCUUAAACGAUAGAAACACUGGCGGGACAGUGAUUGAGAGGAAAGCGGAAAAUAAUUCUUUUGUGAGGGAGUUUUCGUGUGUCAAUCCCGAUAUUGAAUCGGACGAAACUGUGCACAAAGGAGUUUGAAAAAUAAAAAAUCAGAGAAAAACGUUGACCGAGUGAAACACACACACACAUACACAAAUAUAUAUGCACGCGCUCGAGAACACUGGAUAAAUCUUUCACGUUUGCCCGGAAGAAUCAUCGAUCGAUCGGACAAACGGAUAAUCAUCGGCUUAUAUAGAUCGCGACUUUAAGAUGAGAUUGGAGGAAGAUCUGGUGAUUCGAAGGAGUCGACCAACCAUGAUAUCCGCCAAGUACCGUGCACGCGAGGAGCGCAGACGUUUGUUGAAAAUAUCGGCCGGCAAAUUGCGACGCAUCGAAGAUCCCGAGGCGAGCCUAUGUCGCUCAGUACUGAUUAACAAUGCCGUCAGACGCCUCCAGCGUGAGAACAGAGACGAGAAGACACGAAACUACGGAUUACCCAUCGUCAGUUAUCUCGAUGACUCCUCCAAGGAAAAUAAUCUCAGUGGAAAUCACAUGGACGCCGACAAUUCAUCGAAAAAGAGAUUGGGCGAGGAAAUGAGAAGCAACGAGAGCCUCAGUCCAAAACGGCAGAGGCACGACGAUUUGGAUCUCCAGGACGAUGUGUUCAGUGACUUUUACAUACUGCCACCGACGCCCCGUUUGUUGUCGCACAUCGACGAUGUUCCCGAGCCGCAAACGUCACCUCAUUCGAUACAGAGCUAUCACGAGGAUCGUUUGUGCCCGAGCGAAUUGCGGGGUGUGACGUCAUCGUCGUCGAGCACCUCGAACGGCUUAUAUUGUUCGCAGGAUCUCGUUGAUUCGGGAAUCGGGAGAUCAGGCAGCAGCAAUGACGUGAGUCUGAUGGACGUGAGCGACGAAACCGACAGAAUUUGCGAUUUUGCGAGAUUCGCUGACUCCGCGAAGAGCCUCGAGGAACGUUUAGUCGAGCUUCAAACUCUCGACGAGCACUUUGAUCUAGCUAAAUUUGAGAGGAACAACAAUCAGAGCUGCGGACGAGCCUUUCACGACAUUCAAACGUUUCACAGUCUCGUCCCGGGCCUUGAGACCUAGAGUGAAUAUUACGAAACUGGAGUAAACGCGGCCGGGAACGAGACUAAGAAAAAUAGGAAAUAUUUCAAAAAGAGGAGAAGAAAAAAGCAUUUCUUUUCUUUUUGUGGCGGUUGAUACACGCGAAUAAUUUUCGAAAACCGAUCCCCUCGCGAGGACCAUGAGACUGGAUAGAAAUUUGACGGUUAAUCGAGAGAGACACACUCGUUAAAAAAAAUUCAAGAAAAAAGAGAGAAGAAACAAAAUAUCUAUACGUGUAUGUUAUAAACAACAACGUGGAAGGAGAACACAAAAACAACUUUUCCUGUACUGCGAGGGAGAGAGACUCUGUAUAGAUGGAAAUACCUGACAAACUCAUUCGUCAUCGAACGAGGGUUUGGACGACUUGAACGAGUUUACGAAGGUCAAAGGGACGGGUGUAUCGUAGACGUUGUAAAAGACUUUCCGGAGCUCAGGAUCUCUUCGAUGCGUAUUUCCAAAAACCUAAUCUUGUCUUUCGCUUUUUGUUCCGUCGUCAGAGGAAUCAACUGCGCGGACAACGAUCGAGGACUCGAUCCUCCACGCUCGAGGAUGAGAACUUCGAGGCACCGUUGAAAAGUCCGAAUCCAUAGUUUUUUUUAUUUAUUCUUUCCUUCGUUUUAAUUACCCCGACACUAAGAUUCGGCGCACACAAAAUACAAAUACACACACACAUACACACACACAGAAACACAAGCACAUUACGUAAAUCUACGGUGAGCGCCUCUGUUGAAAAUGAUCUCGCGAUCCAUCGACACUCGCCCCGGCGACGAAUGCGAUUUUCUCCUUGCCGUAGCGAGUGAUCCGGAAAAGAUUUUGUAUUUGAUCCUUCGGGGAGCCUCGGAUUGUCGACGAACCGUUGUCUUUUACCUUUUACCCCGAAUUUUCACAAUUCAAUUAAUUAAUUACGAAAAUACUUGACGACGAUAAAUUGUACAAACACAUUUUUAAUUAUUCAAUCAGAUUAACUUUUGUUUUUUUUUCGCAUAAUCAUAACAUUUUAUAAAAUUAUUUUUCCUUCUCUGCACCGCGGCAAUAUUUCACAUACAAAUUAGAAAAAAAAUCAAAAUUUCUAGCGUGACAUUCACGCUUUUUGGUUAUUCAACUUUUACAACGAUGACCGAGCCUCCUCCCAACGCGUCUCAAAUAAACUAAGGACCAUCCGUCAUUUACGAAUGUUUAAUGUAUUGAUUAUAUAUAUAUAUAAAACACUGUACACAUACUGUUUGUAUAUAUAGAGAUACUAUUUUAAGAGCGCGUUUUCCUGUCGUCUCUCGCACGAUAUUUAUACGCAUACAGGAUGAGGCACAUAAAUUAGUGUUACAGAGCAGUUUUCGAUUUUUCGACAAUGAGUUUAUCUUGAAUAAAAACGUCGUACGCUGUCGAAUUAGUUUUAAAAUCGGUAAUAAUGUCAUUGAUAAAAGUACACGAUUCCACUUAAAAUAGUGAAGUUUACGUUGAUGCAACUUCGGCGCCUACAACGAUAAAAAAAAAAGGUGGUCGAGUAAGACUGCCUUUCUGAACACUGAAACUUUAGUCUGAAACAUUUUUGGAUAUGAAUUCGAGUGCUCUGUGACACUUUACGUGCCUCACCCUGUAUAUUCGAUUCGUCACGUGAUCCAUCCAUCCGAACUUUGGACGCGACUCAUCCAGGAUUAUCGAUGUGUAACUUUGCUUAGUUUUGUUUUGUUUAUUCUUUUUAAUAUUUUUCUUCCUUAAAUCGAACGCCAAACUCCAUUUCCAAUCGGCGUACGGGAAAACGUGCGUCUCUGUACAUAAAAAAAAAAAAAAAAACACAAUAUGGAAUCAUAAUUGUAAUUAUAAUUAAAAUGAAAAAUAAUGAAAAGGAAAACUUAAUGGAAAAAAAGAAAAAAAAACAGAAUGAAGCGAGCAUAAGAAAUAAGGAUUAUUGUCGCGCGGACGCGACAGGGCCUUAGUUAAUUUACAUUUAUAUAAAAAUAUUUCUGUUACUCGUAAUGAUGUUCCAUUAUUUUAAAAGAAAAAAGUGAACGAAAAGAAAAAGGAGAAAAAAAUAGAGCCGUAGCUUCUAGAGCUCAUGUGAGGUAUUCUCGCGUUUCCCCCGCACGAUUAAUUUCAUUAUUAUAUAUUUAUAUUAUUACUAUCAAUAAUAUAUAAAUACAGAUGAUAAUAAUUUUAUAUUUUUGGUCGUGGCAAAACGUAAUUCGUUUACGUUGUUGUACGAGUCUUCUCAAUUUAUCGCGCGUAGGCAAGCAUUUAUGUAUAUUUAUUUAAACAAAAAGGAAACGAGAAGAGAAGAUCUGCAAUGUCGUUGCAAAUUGAUUUGAUUUCCUUCUUUUUCACGAGAAUCAUUCGUACUGUGCGUAGUACGUGAUUUUUUCAGUGCAAUUUUCGGCAGGAAAAAACUGGCGGAAGAUCGAGUGAACGAAUCGAUGAAGAGUAUAAAAACGUGAAUAAAAACCAAAUUUAUCACAAAUUUUAUUUGUCUUAUAUGAUUUUUGUUAAUUUCAUCAAUUCGAAUGUGAAAAAUAAUCGUUCGAAGCCGGAAAUAUUGUGAAUUGAAUUUUUGUACAGUUCCAUUAACUUGUUUAUUCAUUUUGAAAAAAUGCUUCUUGAGAAUAAGAGAUACACAACUGUGGAUCUAAAAACUUUUGGUGCGUUUACGACGAAUUGGUUAUUAUUGUUUUUCGGCCUGUUACGAAACUCGAUGUCAAGACUUUGCACAACAAAUAUGUACUAACCGAGUAACGUACGUGGUUAUUCCGCAUGAUCUCGACCUGACUCUCUUUCUCACUCCGUCUCUCUUACUCGGGACUUUUUUGCGUACGACUCCGUUAUACGAGACGCUCUAUCGGUCAUCGUCGAGUCUGGAAUUCCGAGAUCAGAGUUCAGGUCAAUUGGUCGAUUGUGUCCGCUCUCCGGCAUAUUAAAUUCGUACGAUGUUCGAACUCUUCGGAGUCGGUGGUUAAAAAGAGAGCAGCAGGAGAGAAUCACUUGGGGAUUUAUGUACUAAAGGGAAAUGGAAUAAUUGUGACGAAAAAUUGAAAAUAAGUAUACAAAUGUUGAAAAAUAAAUUUUAAUCCAGAUCCAGCGAGGCCCAGACAUUUUAAUAUCAGCGCACAAUAAAUUUUACACUAAUUAAGAUGAGUUUCGUACAAAUGUGUAAAACAAAACAAAAACCGAGUUCUCGUCGCUGUUCUUUUUAGUCAAUCAAACGAGUACCGAAAAGCUAAUCGUACUUGCCUGUACUUGAACGAAUAUUCCAGACGGCUCGCUGGAUCGGACAUUCCAAUCACACACGACGGACACGCGCACACAUACACACGAAGAAAAAUGGAACGGUGAACAAAAUGAAGAACGUUAAAUGUUUGUAAAAAAUCUAUCAAGUUCAUGCGAGAACAGGCAAUUUAUAGAUCGCGCGGGGGAAGAGAUACACACAAAUCUAAUCUUCCGUAGAGUGCCCGAGUCACGCCACGGUUCGCCACAUUUUCACGCGGUUCAAGCGAAAAAGAAAAAAAUCAGGUCCCUUCGGCCAUUUUUUUCGGGCGAUCGUCGGCGUGAUUCAACUAAUUUUUUUGUAAAUAGCUGUCAUUAAGA